AAAUGGAAAAAAGCUUGUCGCGUCUGUAUUUUGAAUGCUUAUAGCAAACAUCUGACAAGGUCUACCAGAAAACAAAUUAGAUCAGUGAAAAGUGCAAGGUCUAAUUGAUAUAUGCAGGGAUGAGAAUUUUCCGCCGAUCGGCGGAUUUCCGACUUUUUCAGACCAAAAUGAUCAUUUUUGAGAUCGAUGUAAAUCCGUUGAGAAAUUUUCGAGGGGGGGUGGUGAAUGGUUAACGAUCUGUGGUCACCUUAAAACGUCUUGAUUCUUGGUGGCUCCGGGUUAACACACUUGAGUCUUUCGACAUGUCGUAAUUAACAUUCACUUUUGCGACAAUGUUCGACUUAUUUACGGUAGAAUUUUCAGGAAAUCCCAUCGCGUGCAGUGUAUAAACACAAGUGCGCAUGCUCUCCACGCAUGGCUUGCAAUCGCCGUUCACCGACUGUCCACACUGUUUGACGAUACGCAUUGGUAACAUCGGAAAGACCCAUGUAUUCAGGCGAGAUAUUUUAGCAUAUCGACAAUGGCAAAAGUCCUAGAUAAGAAAGAAGAGGAUUGAGCGAGGGAGAUUGAUAAAGGUGCAGGAAUAAAGAACUGUUUUCGAUGGGCUUGGUUAGAAAGAACACUGAAUGUCGAGAUCGACAAGCAGACUGUCACAAUGAAGCUCGGUGAUCACAUACGGAAAAUAGACGUCCCAGGAAAAGUACUUUGCUCAUUGUGUUCUGACAUGAUAAACUACGCUAGUCGAGGGGCAAGGACUAUUGAAGUUCACAUAUACACCAAAAAACACAAAGGGCCCUCGUGUGACAUUGUUCAGCUGGCGGCAGUGAGUGGUCACCACACAUUAAACCUCUUCAUGGUUCCUCGAUGCAGAAUGGAGCCUGGUGCUUCCAGAAUUACUGGCUUCAGAGUACGGCAGCAUCAACUCUUCCUUCACCACAGGCCAGUGCUCACCAACUCACUGAAAGAAGCCCUGGUGUCCUUCAUAACCUUCCUUCGUAUGUUUGGACGCCCGUUACUGGUGGGUCACAACAUUCGCAGAUUUGAUUGCCUUGUUCUGGCCAGAGUUUUGGAUGAAUUUGACCUAAAAGCAGCCUUCCACGCUGGAAUCCUGGGCUUUCUAGACAGUCUCCUGUUGACCCGGCAGCUUCUCAAGGACAGUGGAGUCCACAGCUUUAAGCAGGAGAACUUGGUUAAGACUGUGCUUGGGGUUUCCUAUGUGGCUCAUGAUGCCUUGGGUGACGCCCAGGCCCUACAGAAGCUUUACUGGGCUCUCAGACCCACAGCCAGUCAGAUUCAGCAGCACACUUUCAGCUUGGACUCACUGUGUAACAAACACUCAAAAGGCAGAAUAACUUAUGAACAUCAAAUCAGACAACACUGGUGAACUCCCGCUGCUAGAGUCCUAAAAUUGAGAGUAGUUUUUGUUGAAAUGGCUCAACUGAUCCUCCAGUACAAUAAGAAGCAUACCUUCUACUGCACGUUACAACUUUAUGGUGAACCGAUCCAUUCAAGUGCAUCAUCAGCAAACAACAGCGUUCAGAGUGGACAAAAUUUCAGAC